CAUUUAAGAAUCUGGCUUUCGUUUUCUUCCAUCUGAAAAUGUGAGAGUUGACACUGUAAACACAACACCAAAGCUUCAGAGAUUUCGCCGGAGUUAAGGAGAGAGAGAGAGCGAUCCAGCGGUUGAGAUGUUUCUGCGGGCAAUCGGACGGCCAUUAUUGGCUAAAGUGAAGCAGACGACGGGGAUCGUCGGGCUCGACGUGGUCCCGAACGCGAGGGCGGUGCUGAUCGAUCUCUACACCAAAACCCUAAAGGAGAUCCAAGCCGUGCCGGAGGAUGAAGGAUACCGUAAAGCGGUGGAAUCAUUCACGCGCCACCGUCUCAAUGUGUGCAAGGAAGAAGAAGACUGGGAGGUGAUCGAGAAGCGGCUUGGUUGCGGCCAAGUCGAAGAGCUCAUCGAAGAGGCACAAGAUGAGCUCACACUCAUUGGAAAAAUGAUCGGUAGCCAAAAACUGGACACAGAGCACUGCAAAGAUGACCUUUUUAGUGUUCUUGCUUUGCUUCAAUGUCAGAUAGAGUGGGACCCUUGGGGUGUUCCAGAUGACUACGAGUGUGAAGUGAUCGAGAACGAUGCACCAAUUCCGAAGCACGUUCCUCAGCACCGACCUGGUCCUCUUCCUGAGGAUUUCUACAGAACCCUUGAAGGUCUAAUCUCAGAGUCCAAAACAAAGAUCCCAGCUUCUAGCUCCAGCGAUCCGCAGUUGAAGGAGUAACUUCAUCUUUUGUGUACUUGUCGCUUCUUUUGUGUGGCUAGUGUUGUUUCGGAGACGAUCCUCUGAAUAAGUUGCGUAAUAAUUUUUCAAAACUAUAACAAUGUCAUACGCUUUUUUCAACAAUGUGUUUUAUCAUUCUUAUCAAAGACACCUAUGGUAAUACAAAUGAUGUUUCUUCCCCUUUGCAAGAAGUACAUUCGCCAUUCUUAAAGAUAUGUACUCGAUUCCCAUCUCUUACAGUUAUAUUCUUAUCGACUAACCUCGUCACGAGGGACACAAAAUCAUGGCAGUCCUUACACAGGAUCUUGUUCUUGACGACAUGAACCUGAGUUUGUGGUGAUGUGUACACAAGACCAAACACAGCAGCUUGUUUCGCGCUGUGAUAGCUUGCGUUUUCGCUACCUCGGUAUGUAAAGCCUGACCUCUCGAUCUCACUCUUUAUCCAAUCUAUCUCUGCGUAGAUCCCAUUCGUUUUCUCAACUGUAGUAACAUCCUCACUGACAAAGCUGUGAACUUUUCCUUGAACCUCCACAGUGCUCUUGCUUAGCUUCUUGCUCAAACCCUUCUCGCUCAUCAAAUCACGAGUCUUUUGAGCUAACUCUGGUUUUCCAGAUUCUUCGUAUAAGUCUGCUAAAAGGAUAUAGAAGGCUGGAUCAGAUGGUGCAAGUGCCAAGCCUUUGUUACCAAUAUCUUCUCCUAAAGAGAGAUUCCCAUGGUAUCUACAAGCUCUCAACAAUGUUUUGAAGAUCAGAGCAUUGGGUCUUAAUGGCAUCGUCUCUACAACUCCUCUUGCUUCCUCUAGUCGUCCAGCACGACCUAAGAUACCAACUAGAAGAACAUAGUGUUCGAUCUGUGGCUCAACGUUAUGAAUCUCUUUCAUUGAUCGGAAAUACUCGAGACCCAUCUCGGUUAACCCUCCGUUACUACACGCAGAGAGCAAUAUCAGGAACGUUACUGAAUCUGGCUCGGUUCCUUCCAUCCUCAUCUCUUCAAAUGCAGAUAGAGCAGAGGAGAGACAACCGUUUGACGCUAAACCAGAUACCAAACCGUUCCAAGAAACCACAUCAGGGUUAGCUAUCUCUUCAAACGCCUUCUUUGCAUCUUCCAAGUUACCACAUUUACCAUACAUGUCAAUCAAACUAUUCAAAAUCGAAACCGAGCUAGAAUAUCCUGAUUUCACGGAGUGACAGUGAAGAUGUUUCCCAGUUUCAUGAGCUCCCAAGUUAGCUGAAGCUGAGAUAAACCCGGGUAAGCUGAACUGAUCCAUUCCUAUACCAUCACGAAACAUAUGAUUGAUGACACUUAGUGCCAUUUCAUGCUUAUGCAGCUCGUUAAGCCUCGUUACCAAGGUCGUGUACGUAAUACUAUCUCUCCUCUCCAUGGACCUAGCCACGUUCCAGGCAUAAGCUACACUAUCCGAGCUUGCAUACGCAUCGACGAGUGAGUUCCCUACUAUGAUUUCUCCAUCUUCGUGCCUUCUGAGUAGAUAUCCAUGAAUCUCUGAUACCCGACUUAGAGAUUUCAAUUUGCCGCAUGCUCUGAGAACACCAGAGAGAGUAACAGCAUUUGGUUCAACCCCUUGUCUUACCAUCUCCAUCAACAGUCCAAAACAGUCUUUCUCGAACCCGUGAUCAACAAGACCAAUGAUGAAACUUGUCCAAGAAACGACAUCUGGUGAGAUCAUCUCUCUGAAGAUUCUCGAAGCUUCUACUUCUGAUGCCGAGCACUUCAUAUACAUAUCUAAAAGUGCGUUUCCUACAUCAUUGCUGUCCUCUAAUCCGACCUGAAUCGUCUGUGAGUGAAUCUGCUCGCCUAAAACCAGAGACCGGAGAGAGGAACACAAGGUCAAGAUUGCAGAGUAUGUAAAGUUAUUUGGCUGCAAACCCAAACCUCGCAUCUCAAGAAACGUACCAACAGCUUCCUUGGCUCUCAAGUUUUUAACAAACCCUGAUACCACAGACGUCCAGAGAAACACAUCCUGUUCUUCACUCGAAUUCAAUACCUUAACAGAAUCUUCCAUUUUAGAGAAACUCGAGUAGAAAUCAACAAGAGAUGUCUUCAACACCACAUUCAUCGGAAUCCCCCGAAUGAUCACAUUGCUAUGAAUCGUUUUACCAAACUCCAAACCUAGAAACGAAGACGCACCUAAAAGCUUAACGAAAGUGAACUCGUUAGGAGAAACACCAGCCUUAAUCAUCUUAGAGUAAAACUGCAACGCCUCUCUCCAUUUACGAGCUUCAACUAGAGAAGAUAUCAUCAUCGUCCACGAGAUUGUAUCAGCAUUGUUCUGAAGAGAACUAAACAGCUCACAAGCUUCCUUAAGUCUCCCACACUUUGAAUACAAAUCAGUCAAGCCGCUUCCUAUAACAGAGCUUCCCUCAAACCCAGUCUUUAUAACAGAGCCAUGAACUCGAGCUCCGUAACUGAGAUCUCUUAAACCAGCACAAGAUCUUAUCACGGAGGAAAAUGUGAAUUCGUUCGGAACUAUUCCAGAAGCUAACGUCUCCUCGAACAACGAAAGCGCCGACACAAACUCUUGGCUCUUGGUAUAGGCAGAGAUCAUAACAGUCCAGGCAAAAACUGUUCUUUGCGACAUUUCAUCGAACAGGUUACGUGCAUUCUUUAUCCCGUCCGUUUUCAAGUAAAGACUUAAAAGAUUGUUGCAGAACUCGAGAUUUUCUACAAGACCCUGCUUGAUUACGGGGCAGUGGAUUUGUAAACCAGCGCGCGACGAAUUCGAUUCGCAGAAGGAGAGAAUCCGAAUGCAUGAUUGUUGAAGAUUACAUAAUUCGUUAUUGCGAGAGCGAAAUGCAGAAGCUGCAACUUUGCCCAUCAUUUUCUUUUUUUUUAAAGAAAAAGGCCGAAACUUUUAAUGUUCA